GGCGGGAGAGCGCGCGCGGCGGCAGGAGCGCGGCCGUUGCGGACCGGCCCGCGGGGCAGCGGGGGAGCCGAGCCCGGGCGCCCACCAUGCGGCGGCUGCGGCGCCUGGCGCACCUGGUGCUCCUCCGCCCCUUCGCCCGGGGCCCGCAGCAGGGCCGGCUCCCGGGCCUCAGGGUCAAGUACGUCUUUCUGGUCUGGCUGGGCGUCUUUGCGGGCAGCUGGCUGGCGUACGUGAACUACUCGUCCUACACGGAACUCUGCCGCGGGCACGUGUGCCAGGCGGUCAUCUGUGACCAGUACCACAAGGGCAUCAUCUCGGGCUCCCUGUGCCAGGACCUGUGCCAGCUGCACAAGGUGGAGUGGCGGACCUGCCUGUCCUCUGUGCCCAGCCAGCAGGUGUACAGCGGGCUCUGGCAGGGCAAGGAGGUGACCAUCAAGUGUGGCGCCGAGGAGGCGUCGGAGGCGGCGCCCCGGCGGGAGCUGGUGCUGUUUGACAAGCCCGCACGGGGCACCUCCAUCCAAGAGUUCCGGGAGAUGACCCUCAGCUUCCUCAAGGCAAACCUGGGAGACCUGCCCUCGCUGCCCGCGCUGGUGGGGAAGGUCCUGCUCCUGGCCGACUUCAACCAGGACAGCCGGGUGUCGCUGGCCGAGGCCAAGUCGGUGUGGGCCCUGCUGCAGCGCAACGAGUUCCUGCUGCUGCUGUCGCUGCAGGACAAGGAGCACACCGCCCGGCUGCUGGGCUUCUGCGGGGACCUGUACGUCACCGAGGGCGUCCCGCCCGGCUCCUGGCACGGGGCGGCGCCCCUGCUGCGCCCGCUGCUGCCCCCCGCCCUGCACCAGGCCCUGCAGCAGUGGCUGGGGCCCCCGUGGCCCUGGCGCGCCAAGGUGGCCAUCGGCCUGCUGGAGUUCGUGGAGGAGCUGUUCCACGGCGCCUACGGGACCUUCUACAUGUGCGAGACCACGCUGGCCAACGUGGGCUACACGGCCACGUACGACUUCCGGAUGGCCGACCUGCAGCAGGUGGCGCCCGAGGCCGCCGUGCGCCGCUUCCUGCGCGGCCGCCGCUGCGAGCACAGCACCGACUGCACCUACGGGCGCGACUGCAGGGCCCCCUGCGACCAGCUCCUGCGGCAGUGCAAGGGCGACCUCCUGCAGCCCAACCUGGCCAAGGUGUGCGAGCUGCUGCGGGACUACCUGCUGCCCGGUGCCCCCCGCGAGCUGCGCGCGGAGCUGGGCCGGCAGCUGCGCACCUGCACCACGCUCAGCGGGCUGGCCAGCCAGGUGGAGGCGCACCACUCGCUGGUGCUCAGCCACCUCAAGACGCUGCUUUGGAAGACCAUCUCCAACACCAAGUACUCCUGACGGCCGCCCACGCGCCCGCGGGGCUCCCGCCGGGACUGCCGGACAGGACUGCCCGUCCCCCGCCCGGGCCUUCAGCCGCCCUGGCCCCGAGCCUCCUCCCUCCUCGCCCGUCAUGGGCAAAGGCGAGGCUGCAGGGGCUGGGCCGGGCUGUUGUGUCCAGCCCAGGGGUCCUGUGACCAGGGGCCCCCUCCCCGUCCCGCCCUUCCCCAGGGUCCAGCAGCCCAGAUGGAAGGACUGUUGAGCAGGAAGGAGGGGCUGGAAGGGGAGGCAGGAAGGAGGACCUGGAACCUACCAAGGGCUGGCCAAGGCGACCCGCCCAGGCUGAGUUGGGUUUUGUUACUUUCAAGAUCAUCGGAUGUAAAUAAAUAGCUUUUCUGUGA